GGAAGCAUGGCUUCCGCAUGGCUGGGCUGGAGCGAGGUGUGGAGGGGGCGGGGUGGGGCACAGCCCUCCCUGCCUGAGGUCCGCCAGGAGGCUACUGAUGCGGCUUUUCUGCUCAGGUGGAAAACUUUUGGGGAAGUGAUUGAUUCAUCUGUAAGUGGGCAGCGGCUCCUGUGGACUCGGGCUGGGUUUGGGCUGGCUUUCCUGCCCUUUGGGCCCCCCCAGUUUCUGAGUGACCCCCAGAUGCCAUCUAGAUGGAUGCCUGGGCGCUGGGGGCUGGGCCUUGAACCUGCAGGGAGGGCUGGGAGAUGGGGGCCACCUCUCCUGACUUCAGAGACCCAUUCCGAGGAGCUCUCUGGGGGCAAAGGCAGCAGCUCGGGGAUGCCAGGGACACUCCAGGAAGAUAGGAACUGGGCAGUCUCUCGUGCCCUUUUCUAUCCUUGGCUCCAUGGAAAUGAGCAACGACCGCAGCCACAUGGAAAGCGGCACCAGAUCCUCUCUUCUCCCCGGAAGCCCUUUCCUGCCAGGGGUACCUUGCAGCACCCCAACCCCCUCCCCAUGUGUACUCUAGCCCAGCCCUACCUGGCUGCAGUUGCCGCAGCCCGGGGACCCAAGAGAUGUGCUCAGGUGCCCGGGCACACUGUGGGCUCUGCGGAGACACGACCCUUCCUGGCUACGGGAGAGUCCAGACACCCUCUGGGCUGUUGUCUCACGGGGAUGGGGCAGUCAGGUCACGCUGAACAUCAUCUUGCUGACAGGGGAGAACUGGGCAUCCUUUCAGGUCCCAGGGCUACCCUCCAGCCCCACACCAGAGCUAGGGGCCCAGCUGGACCCUCCCACUCAGCGAAUCCUGUUUGUGCUGGCCCGGCCCGCUGCAGCCCGUCCGCGGCACUCUCCCCACACAGGCACCGAAGGGACACUCUCCUCCCAAGUUCCAGCGGCUCACCUGCUGGCCUCACCUCCAGAUCCCUCGGGUUUUCUCCUCCUCUGCCUCCUUUUCCUCCAGACUGAGGGCGGCCUCUCCAACCGUAAGGUCCCAUUGGCCUCUUCCUUCAUAUUUUUCAGAUUCCCAGUUCUUCACUGGGUGUGGAAGUUAACAGGGAAGGAAGAAUCCUCUAUCUCACUCCCAGAGAAAUUUCAAAAUGCAAUAGGAAAAUAUUGAUAUGAUUAUGGGUUCCCAAGCGCUUAGCUGGUGCUUGCUAAGUUUACUUAAACCAUCUUUAAUGGGUACAUUAGAAGCUGGUGUACACAGGGGGACUUCAGAACCAGGAAGGCGGGCCCUGCUGAGGCUGUGGCUGGUACUGUAGCCUGUGAAAGUGGUGCUUAUGGGGGCUGGUGGAGGCUGGGCGGGCACAAAGGCCAGGCGAGGGGCUAGCCCCUCAGGGCUGCCAUGGCUGUGCCGAGCCCUGGGUGCUGAUGUGGGCUGUCUGCUCACCACCAUUUCAGGGAGGCCUGCUGCACUGCAAGGCACAGGGGCCGCCCCAAGAGCCAGGAGGGGAUGGAGGGUGCAGGAGAGGGGGAAGGGGGAGCCAAAGGAGGCGGAGGCUGGAGAGAAGCGCUCUCACUGGCCGGGCUCUCAGUGGCUGCUGCUCAGAAGCCCACUUCCGGGGAUGUGGAGUCCACGGCUCACUUUCUCACUGACAUCUUCAAGGAAGACACCGAGCCCACCUCCUAGGGAUUUUCAUCUGGGAAGGCAGAAUUCACCAGGGACCUGCUCAGGAAGCUGUCAGCGCCCAGCUGUAGCUGCGCAUUGAUUGCACCGCCCUGCCCGGCCAGACGACACGCAGCCGCGCUGAGGACACUUGCAGGAGGCCACAGGGAGGGCCCAGCGGGUCAGCUGCAAGUAAGCACAGCCCUGCGCACUGUCGGGGUGCCGGGUGGCCGAGGAACCGGACACUUUCCCAUGUGAGGGCGGCAGCGUGCUGAGGUGUCCUUGCAAAUAAAUACUCACUUUCCACA